AUGGAAACACCAGAAUCAAACACUCAACCUAUUACUACUACUUCUUCUUUAUCACUUCCUAAACUCUGUAAAAAGACUAACUCUCAUAAAAUAGAAAACCUUAUUGAUUACUCUCAUGUUCUUGAAGAUGCUCAAAUUUCUGAAACAAUACCUCCUCUAUUGAGUUCGUACAACAUCUUCAAAAGACAAAGAAGUGUUACCAGAUCCAUCCGAAAUCUUAUCUCUACCAAUCGCCCUCAUAUGAAAGAGUAUGUCCAGUCAUCUAGACUAGAUCAAUGCAGCCUAAGAGCUACAAACCAAGAGCAAUACGUAGAUCUAGAGAUUCCCUAA